AGCUUCAGUAUCCGUGAACGUCUCGUAGAGUUAACAGCUCAUUAGAAAAAUUUAUUGUAAAAAAAAAAUUGCCUGUAAUAGCAUAAGAUUUUUCUUUUAGAUUUUUUUUAAUUUCCAUUUUAUUGGAUACUAAAUUUUAAGUGAACGUUUUCGGAACUUGCCUUUUUGGUUUUUGAAGGAUCAUUUGUGUUUAAAGCAGCACAGGAGUACAGGGGAUAUGUUUCGCAGGUCGCGUCAGCUGCUCUUCCGCAUCUGCAGUCGGUCCGCCGUCUGCCAGCAACAUGCACCGAAGGUCAUCAGGAGGUCCUACGCCUCGCAGGCCAUCAACCAGAUGCUGUUGCUCCAGCAGAUGGACAUCUGUGCGGACCAGCCGUCGCGAGCCUUGGUCAUAGGAGUCUACGCCGACGAGGAGGACAAGAACGAUGCGGGCAUCCUGACGCCCGCCGGCUGGAAGUACAACAUCCAGAAGACGAAUGGUCGGCUGAUCGAGGUGCUCCGGAUGUCAGGUCCGAUGCCCCGGAGGGGAGAGGCCCGUCUCCUGUUCGCCGUGGAGCCGGAGCGCAUUCCCUACUACUCCGUGGUGGCCGUCGUGGGUCUGGGCAAGGAGUGCCUGGGCUACAAUCCCUACGAGGUGCUCGACGAGCAGAAGGAGGCCAUCCGCCGAUCGGUGGCCGCCGCCUGCCGCAUUCUCGCCGAACUGGACACCGAUCGAAUCGAGGUGGAGAACUGCGGACACGCCGAGUCGGCCGCCGAGGGAGCUGCUCUCGGCAUCUGGUUGUACCAGGAGCUGCGCGAUCCCAAGACCCGAAUCUUCGUUCCGGCCAUAGACUUGUACGCCACCAAGGACGAGAUCUGCGACAUCGAAGGAUGGCGCAUUGGCCUGCAAAAGGCUGCCGCGCAGAACCUGACCCGGCAGCUACAGGAGAUGCCUUCCAACCUUUUGACCCCCACUGCCUUUGCCCAGAACGUUGUCGAGGUGCUGUGUAAGUCUGGUGUGAACGUGGAGGUCAAGGUCGAGGGCUGGGCGGAGAGCCAGUCGAUGCACGCAUUCCUGGCGGUGGGCAAGGCCUCCUGCGAACCGCCCAUCUUCUUGGAGCUGAGCUACUACGGCACCUGUGCCGAGGAGCGACCCAUCGUCCUGGUGGGCCAGGGCAUCACCUACGACGCGGGCGGCCUGUGCCUCAAGAAGAAGCACGAGCUCUUCCACAUGCGCGGCGACAUGACCGGUGCAGCUGUGGUGGUGGCCACCUGUCGAGCGGUUGCAGGACUUAGGUUGCCAGUGAACAUCCGUGGUCUCAUCCCCCUGUGCGAGAACGUAGUCGGUUGCAACUCCUUCCGACCGGGAGACAUGGUUAAGUCGAUGAACGGCAAGACCAUCGAGGUCCAGUGCACGGACCACGAGGAUGUGCUCGUGCUGGCCGAUGCCCUGCUGUACGCCCAGAACUUCUGUCCCAAGUGCAUCAUCGAUAUCGGCACGUGCUCGGGUUACAUGCGACAAUCCCUGGAUGAGGCUGCCUGUGGUGUGUUCACCAAUUCCGAGAUCCUGUGGCAGCAGAUCAAGCAUGCCAGCAUGCACACUGGCGAUCGUGUGUGGCGCUUCCCCCUGUGGAACUACUACAGCAAGGCGGUCCGUGCCGGCGGACGCAGUGAUGUCCAGAACUACGGCAUCGGCCGUGGAGGUCGUCCCUGCAAGGCCGCCGCCUUCCUGCGUGAAUUCGUGCCCUGUGGCCAAUGGAUGCACAUCGAUGCCACCAAUGUAAUGGUGACCAACGGCAUUGACUUUGAGUACCUGCGUCGUGGAAUGGCUGGCCGUCCCACACGCACCCUCAUCGAGUUCAUUGCCCAGACGAUCUGCAAGGACACCGCUCCCAAGAUGGGCAAGUAGGCAUCGACACUGCUGGGAAAGAGCAGCUGACCAAAGAUGGAGGGAUCCCAAAAUGCAGUAACAGCUUGCGGACGCCACGUCCAAAAUUUAAGUGACUUUUUUCAAGUCUGUCCAGGGUGGAUGUCAUAAGUCAGAUCGUGGAAGUCCCUUCAAAAUUGCAACGAGAUUGUUCCCAAGCCAAAAUAUUGUUUGUUCGAGUGACCAUUUAUUAAAUUUUCCUUCAAAUUGAUUAAAAUACCUUGUACAUUAGUAACAAAAA